UCGUCGAGGCUUUGCUUCCAUUUGCAGAAAUGCAUCCUCCAACGGCAAUUGGUCGAAUAUUCCCCCUCUUUUUUUGUCUCUCUCCUCUAUCUCGCUUUGCUGGUUGGCGCUGGAUUUCCUCUCUCCUCUCCCUCCAUCCAUGGCUUUUCCCUGCUUCUGCUUCUGCUCAUUCUCUCCCUCCCCCUAACAUAACCUCGAGAUUAUUGGAGAACCCAUAUUAUCAUCAUCUUCGUUGAUUUGAACUCCCCGAUUUCAUGUUUUCUUCCGUUUUCUGCUCAAUAUUACUGUGAACUCUGCUGACGCCCAAGUUUCAAUCAUCGGUUCCUCGAUUAUCAGGUGUCAAUAAAUUUCGGAAAGAGAUUACAAUGAUGGUCAUUUUUUGUGUUCAUAUCUGAGAAGGGGAUGGAUAGGAAGCAACAUAUUGCAAUUUUUACCACUGCCAGUCUUCCAUGGAUGACUGGAACUGCAGUGAACCCUCUAUUUCGUGCUGCCUAUCUUUCAAUUGGUGGGUAUAGAAGGGUCACACUGGUGGUUCCUUGGCUAUCUUUAAGGGAUCAGGAACUUGUAUAUCCCAGCAGCACAACAUUCAUCCUACCCUCGCAGCAGGAGAAAUACAUUCGGAAAUGGCUAGAAGAAAGAACAGGGUCAAAGUUCAAUUUCAGCCUCCAAUUUUAUCCCGGGAAGUUCUCCGUGGAUAAAAGGAGCAUUCUCCCCGUUGGUGAUAUUUCAGAAAUUAUCCCUGAUGACGAAUCAGAUAUCGCAAUCCUCGAGGAGCCUGAGCAUCUAACAUGGUAUCAUCAUGGAAGGAGAUGGAAAAAUAAAUUUAAAUUGGUCAUAGGAAUUAUACAUACCAACUAUUUGGAAUAUGUUAAACGGGAGAAGAAUGGGGCACUUGAAGCUUUUCUUCUUGAAUAUAUAAAUAGAUGGGUCGUUCAUAUCUAUUGCCACAAGGUGAUUAGGUUAUCUGCUGCCACCCAGGAUUAUCCAAAGUCCAUUAUCUGCAAUGUUCAUGGAGUCAAUCCCAAAUUCCUCGAGAUAGGUACGAAGAAGAUGGAACAAUUACAAAAUGGGGAGCAAGUUUUUGGCAAAGGUGCCUAUUAUAUAGGGAAGAUGAUAUGGAGCAAGGGCUACAGGGAGCUGCUUAAACUUCUUAGCGAUUACCAAAAGGAUUUAGCUGGGCUUGAGAUUGAUUUAUUUGGAAACGGAGAGGAUGCUGACCAAGUCCAGAAAGCUACUGAAGACCUGGAAUUAUCUGUUAGAGUCCACGCCGGUCGUGAUCACACCGAUCCUAUCUUCCAUGAUUACAAAGUCUUUCUGAAUCCAAGCACCACAGACGUUGUUUGCACUACCACAGCUGAAGCAUUGGCUAUGGGCAAAUUUGUUGUAUGUGCUGAUCAUCCCUCAAAUGAGUUCUUCAGGCAAUUUCCAAACUGCAUGCUCUAUGACAACAGUGAUGGUUUUGUUAGAGCAGUUUUCAAAGCACUGACUGAAGAGCCCGAGCAGCUGACGGAUGCACAGAGGCACGAGCUCACGUGGGAGGCUGCAACAGAACGUUUCUUAAAGGCUUCUGAACUCGACCAGCCACUUAUGAGGAAGCCUCAGAAAAAUCGUUCGAAGAAGUUUCUAUCUCUAUCACUGCAACUUAGUAGAAAAUUUGAAGAUGCAUCAGCAUAUAUACAUCAUGCGACUCUUGGGUUUGAGGGGCCUCGAAGAAUGUUCGGUGCCGUCCCCGGGAGCCUGUAUCCAGAUGAACAGCAGUGCAAAGAGCUUGGAUUAGCUCCUCCUAGCAAAAGAGGUUCGAAAAAGUAAUAUUUUGACCAUAUCAUUUAUGAUCCCAUUCAUAAUCUUUCCGAGGAUGUUAGAUUUUCUAUUCUAGGUGGAUUGUAAAUUUGAAAGAUUGUCCACAUCUGUCCUCCUUAUUCUUACAGUCUAUUGUUGUCUGAAGCUGAGACUGGUAGUUAUAGAGUUUAACAGCAGGAAUGAUUAACCAGGAUUAGAAGAGAAAAUAAGAUUUAGCCAAACAUGAAACAUGUUAUCAAAUACAGUAAUAUUUUAACAAGUUCUUGUACUUUAUUGAUUUA